AUGUCAGCAGCAACUACUACUACACUUUCCACACGUUUUCAAGUAUCUUCUCGUAGAUAUUCUCUACUCGUCUUGCGUAUUAAAUUAUUCUUCUCGAUCGCGAUUAAAGGUCCCAAAACGAUACAUUUUUGGGGUCCUAUAAUGAAAUGGGGAUUAGUUAUAGCGGGAUUAGGUGACUUGAAACGUCCAGCAGAGAAAUUAUCAGUGUCUCAACAAGUUGGGUUAAUCUGGUCCAGAUGGUCAACACAAAUCGUUCCAAUAAACUAUCCACUUUUAUCGGUGAAUGCUUUUGUCGCUGGUACUGGUAUUGUGCAACUAUAUAGAAUAUGGGAGUAA